AGCGUCGGAGGAGGAUUAUGUUGAUUUCCAGCACAAAAGCAGAGCAUAGGGGAUAAAGAUCUGGGUUUAUACACUUUUUCAAUCUGUCUUUGAAAGCAUCUUCAUGGGAAAUCGUCAAUCCGGUGUAGCCGACCAAGCUCUGCAUGUUAAUUUCCGUCACUCGGAAUUCUUGUACGGAGCUGGGAUUCUGCAAUCUGCAUGCGGCUUUAAUCAUGCUUAUGAAAUGUUGAGCUCUCAGAACUGCUUUCCAGUAUGGACAAUCAGAUAGCAAACGCCAAAGAGCUAGCACUGAGUCGUAGGGACGUGUUGGACAAGGUAGAGAAAUGGAAGCAUGCUUAUGAGGAAGAAAAGUGGCUUGAAGACUAUGAAAAG